UGAGGGGCUAAAUAAACGCUAUUUGAGUGGCGCGGUUGAGAGUGACAGAGUGCUAAAUUGCUCGCUACGUGAUAUGUAGUGUGCUACAGUGGGCCGUAGGAGGCAUUAUAUUACACCCUAAGUAGUGCACUUGGAUAGGAAGCGUGGAGCCGUUUGUAAUUCGGACAGCGUGAAGCUGGCUAGCAAGUUGUAUUCUGUAACUACUCAGCUAUUUUGGUAUUAAUAUGACUUUUAUGAGCGGGCAGUGCGCUGCCUCUGUCCGCCCUGCGCCUCGUGGUGCCGCCGCUGCGACUCAUGUCUGCUUUCCUGUGGCAAGUGGUUCAGCGUGGGAACGUCACACAGUACGGCAAACUCGAGCAGUUUGUCCUGCUGGUGUCAGAAACGGUACCAGACAUCAUGAGUCAACAUCUGCUGAAUAAGCUCGUCUUUCAUUUAAGGAAAAAGGUGAUAUUAGAGCUCUGUUUUAAAGACAAAACUCCUGAUGUGUGGAUAAUUCAAGCACAUCUGGACACACUACGCAACCUGACUAACAAAAGUAAGGACAUAGAGAGUGAAGUCAUGAAUAGCAAAUUUAUAAAGAUGAUCCAUAACAUCUUGGAGGACACCGAGAAGAGGGAGAGCUUCCUGCAGAAUGUUCUUCCUGUAGAGUAUGGGUCUGGAUACGAUGCUGUCCUGCAGAGCUUAGCCUGGGAGUUUCUAACUCGAGUGGAUGAACUCCUGCCUGUGCCAAACCUCAAAGAGACAGCCUCGUGGCUCUGUGGCGCUCUGGCUGCUAUGGAGGACAUUGUCCAGCCACUCUCUGACCCAGUGGAGCUAAGGGACGUGCUGCAGCAUUUCAAAACCAAGAGGCAUAAAAACAGAACUGAGCCAGUCUUGUCGUCCUCUUCCAUUCAGCAAGAGAUGGUGUUGCCUGCCAGCUCUAUCCCUCAUGAGAAAAUCUUGCCUCCCUCCUCCAUUGCACAAGAAACCAUCAUUAUCGCACAAGCACUGAGUGAAACUCAAUCUGAAUCUGACCGCGCAGCAGCCACGAUAAUGAGCCCCGCCCACAGUGACGCGGAGGAGACGGAGGCUUUGGAUAACGUAGCAGCGGAGGUCGAGACAGAACUGCAAGAAGAAGAAGCAGUUUAUCAAGAGAACAGCACAGGGAUGUGUGAAGUCCAGCAGAUCUACCUCACAGCAGACGGCUCGACCGUUAUUGUUUCGGAAUUGGACAGUGGCGGAGAGGACACGUCUCAGCUGCAGUUUCUAGAACAGUCCGAUGUCAUGGAGGCUCCUGAGGUGAGGGAAAUAAGCAUGGAGGAAUGGAUCUCGGAAAUAGCAGGGAAAGUUCUGCCUCUGUCAGUCAUGCCUUCUUCCACUAACGUCGACGUCCUUGCAGAGGAAACGGCGUUCGUUCCUAUUAUUGAAAGACCUCCAUCGAUAAAAUCCAUCAUCAACAGAAAAAGCUCCCCUACUCAAGCGACGGCCAGCAGAAAGGUGAUCACGUUGACCGCUGAGUCUCAGGCGAACCAAGACCCGGGCGAGAAGAAGCACACGUGUCGAGUGUGUAAGAAGGAGUUUCGAUACGAGUGCCAGCUGAAGAAUCAUAUGCGCGCGCACACCGGAGAAAGACCAUUCCAGUGCUCGGACUGCGGCAAAAGCUUCCGGUGUCUCAGUUUCCUGUCGAGCCACGUCAAAACGCACUCGCUCUCCAGACCGUUCAAAUGCACGCAGUGUGCCAAGACCUUCCGCAAGAAAGCCGACCUCAUCAAGCACGUCCGCGUGCACACCGGAGAGAAGCCAUACAAGUGCAAUAUCUGUGGUAAGAGCUUCUCCCAGGGCUCGUACCUGAAGAUUCACCGCGAGUGUCACACGUCGGAAGACCUGCACCAGUGUCCACAUUGUGAGAAAUUCUUCCCUACCGCGUUCAAGCUGGCUGUACACAUUCGCUACCAUUCAAUGGCGCGCUCCUACAUGUGCAACGUGUGCGGCAAGAGCUUCAUCUACGCCAGCCUCCUCAGGAGGCACAAGGGCUAUCACAUGGGUGAGCGCAAGUACCUGUGCACUAUAUGUGGCAAGUCCUUUGUGUACAUGUUUGACCUGAAAAAGCACCAGCGCAACCAUGAGAAGCCACGCGUGCGCAUCCCGUGCAGGUUGUGCCACAAGACAUUUGCAGGACCAGAAAUGCUGCGCUGCCAUCUCCGCAUCCAUACAGGAGAGCGGCCAUUUGGCUGCAAGGUCUGCGGCAAAACCUUCUCGCAGAUUGGCAACAUGAAGCGGCACGAGCGCGUGCACACGGGAGAGCGUCCGUAUGUCUGUACAGAGUGCGGGAAGACCUACAAACACUCGUCCCACCUGAAGAACCACAUGCUGAACCAUACAGGCGAGCGGCCAUGGCGGUGCACGCAAUGCGGCAAAAGCUUCAAGUUCCAAGGGCCACUGAAGAAGCACGAGCAAACACACCUAGCUGAGCAAACGCGUGGGCGCAAAAGGCACGAAACCAAAAACCCUUAAAGGCUGUGACGCACUUUCAUCCUGCUGUUAUGCUAGUGGAAUUCUGAAUUCCAGUUCGAAGUAGAACUCUCCAGAACCUGGAUCGGCUUUCCGAAAGGUCAGACCAGCUUGUAAGAACAUAGGAAAGGUCAUGACGCGGUGGUGUCUGGUUUAAAGGAAAUCGACGCUGAUCGGUGAGUUGAUUCCUUUAAGAGAGAAGAGGAAGAGCAACAGUAAGAUGGAACGUAACCCGGAAGUCUGGUGGCACCUUCUGAGUAUAGGAAGAAAUGUUGUAUAUAAGAUUGAGGAGUAUUUCACAAGAGGGAGCUUUCAUACCUAGAACAUGUAUUUUCCUAUAAAUAUAUGUAUUAUUUUUGUUUGUUUUUGUUGUUUAAUUGGAGCCAUUCCGUUAAAAUAAUGCUCUGAACCACUUGUUGCACUAAAUCUAUUUUUGUAACGAUCCAAAAGACGUCCUGGGUUAAUUAGGAAGAGUGGAGGGUGUUCUGUAGGAGGAACAAUGCUCACGAUUGGUAAAUAUUCCCAAACUCAUCGUAUUUGCAUUGUACUAAUAAUAUAAUGAAAAUAAUUCUGAAUGGGAAUCUUUUGAUUCUUCAUCCAAAGUCUUCCUUUGAGUGUGAUAUUAAGGUUUUGAUGUUUAAUAAAAAAAAAAACACUCCCCUUACCAUGAUACAGAUAAUAAAACAAAC